CGGAAAGCCUGAGCCAACCAUGGAGAGGGACGGCUGCAGCGGGAGCCACCGGGGCACCAAGGAGAGCCGCGCGGGAACCGGCAAGGAGCAGGGCUAUGGGGACACUGCCGGGGACCCAAAGGCGGCUGUGAACAUGCUGGCUCCCCUGGACUUGGGGGACGAGCAGGAGCCUGAAAAAGGCGCGCGGGCGCACAAAGCCAAGGAUCCCAACACAUACAAAGUGCUUUCCCUGGUGCUAUCUGUCUGCAUGUUAACAACAAUUCUUGGCUGUAUAUUUGGAUUGAAACCAAGCUGUUCCAGAGAAGUCAAAAGUUGCAAAGGUCGCUGUUUUGAGAGGACAUUUGGGAACUGUCGCUGUGAUGUUGCCUGUGUAGAACUUGGAAACUGCUGUCUAGAUUACCAGGAAACGUGUAUAGAACCAGAGCAUAUAUGGACUUGCAGCAAAUUCAGGUGUGGCGAGAAAAGACUACCCAAAAGUCACUGCUCCUGUACAGAUGACUGCAAAGAAAAGGGUGACUGCUGUAUUAACUAUGACUCUGUUUGCCAAGGUGAGAAAAGUUGGGUAGAAGAAACAUGUGAAAACAUUCUUGAGCCUCAGUGUCCAACAGGGUUUGAAGUCCCACCUACCAUUUUGUUUUCCUUGGAUGGCUUCAGAGCAGAAUAUUUGCACACUUGGGGUGGACUUCUUCCUGUUAUUAAGAAACUACAAAAUUGUGGAACAUACACUACAAAUAUGAGACCAGUAUAUCCAACAAAAACCUUUCCUAAUCACUAUAGCCUUGUCACGGGUCUGUAUCCUGAAUCUCAUGGAAUCAUUGACAACAAAAUGUAUGACCCACAAAUGAAUGCUUCCUUUGCACUUAAAAGUAAAGAGAAAUUCAACCCAGAGUGGUAUAAAGGAGAACCUAUUUGGCUUACAACUAAGUAUCAAGGUCUUAAAUCUGGCACAUUUUUUUGGCCUGGAUCAGAUGUGAAAAUUAAUGGAAUUUUUCCAGAUAUCUAUCAAAUAUAUAAUGGUUCCAUCCCAUUUGAAGAAAGAGUUUUGGCUAUUCUUCAGUGGCUAAAACUUCCUAAAGACGAAAGACCACACUUUUACACUCUGUAUUUAGAAGAACCAGAUUCUUCAGGUCAUUCAUUUGGACCCGUCAGCAGUGAAGUCAUCAAGGCGUUACAAAGAGUUGACAACAUUGUUGGCAUGUUGAUGGAUGGUCUUAAAGCAAUGAACUUACACAGAUGCAUAAACCUUAUUCUUGUGUCAGAUCAUGGAAUGGAACAAGGUAGCUGUAAAAAAUAUGUCUACCUGAACAAGUAUUUGGGGGAUAUUAAAAAUGUCAAAGUAUUUUAUGGUCCUGCAGCUCGACUGAGAAUUUUUGAUGUUCCAGAUAAUUAUCAGACUUUUAAUUAUGAAGACAUUGCCAGAAAUCUUUCUUGCAGGGAACCAGAUCAGCACUUCAAACCUUAUUUGAAACAAUUUUUACCCAAGCGGUUACACUUUGCGAAGAGUGAUAGAAUUGAGCCCUUGACAUUCUACUUAGAUCCUCAGUGGCAACUUGCAAUGAAUCCAGCAGAGAGAAAAUAUUGUGGAUCUGGAUUCCAUGGCUCAGAUAAUAUAUUCUCAAAUAUGCAAGCUCUCUUCAUUGGCUAUGGACCUGCAUUCAAGCAUAAUACUAAAGUUGAACCCUUUGAAAACAUUGAAAUUUAUAACUUAAUGUGUGAUUUACUGAAUUUGGAACCAGCUUCAAAUAAUGGAACUCAUGGAAGUCUUAACCAUCUCUUAAAGAAACCUGUUUACCUACCAGAGCAUCCCAAAGAAGUAAGCCACCUGGCAAAAUGCCCUUUCACAAAGAAAACAAGAGAGAACCUUGGCUGCUCAUGUGACUCGGUUUCAUCCACAAUGGAUUUUCAAUCAGAGUUGAAUAUGACUACAGAAGAAGAAAAGAUGAUCAAACGUAAUAUCCUGCCCUAUGGAAGGCCUAGGGUACUCCAGAAGAACAGCACUUUUUGUCUUCUUUACCAACACCAGUUUGUAAAUGCAUAUAGCCGUGACAUCACAAUGCCACUCUGGAGUUCCUACACCGUUGGCAAAAAUGACAGUUUCUCUACAGAAGACUUUUCAAACUGUUUCUACCAGGAUCAUCGAAUACCUCCAAGUCCCAUCCUGAAGUGUUCAUUUUAUAAAAAUAACCCAAAGCUAAGUUAUGGAUUCCUCUCCCCUCCACAACUUACUAAAGGCAGCAAUAAUAGACAUCAUGAAGCCCUGCUUACCAGUAACAUAAUACCAAUGUACCAGAGUUUUCAAGUCAUAUGGAAUUAUCUCCAUAAUAUCCUACUCCCAAGGUACGCUGGAGAAAGGAAUGGAAUCAAUGUAGUCAGUGGUCCUGUGUUUGACUCAGAUUACAAUGGAUUGUAUGAUAGUCCAGAUAUACGGAAACGAAACAGCAAACGCAUCAAUAAUCAAGAAGUCCUGAUACCCACUCACUACUUCAUUGUUCUAACAAGUUGUAAAAAUAAAACCCAGACUCCCUGGCGGUGUGAGAAUUCUUUAGAGACCCUCGCUUUUAUUGUUCCUCACAGGGCAGACAACAGUGAAAGUUGUACUCGUGGAAAGCAGGAAUCCUUGUGGGUGGAAGAGCUGCUGAGGCUUCAUAGAGCCCGGGUCACUGAUGUCGAACUUAUCACAGGACUAAGCUUCUAUCAAGACAGAAAAGAGGCAGUCUCAGACAUUUUAAAGCUGAAAACAUAUUUGCCAACAUUUAAUCAAGAAGACUGAUUUUUUUUCCUGCCAUGUUUCUUUGUGAGAGGACUUUAAAUUUGAAAGAAAAAAAAGGGUUCAAUAGUGUUCUCUUCCCAGUGUCAUAUAUUAGCAUGUUGAUUGGAAACAUUCAGCCAAAAGCAGAAUUGGGAAUUGUCCAUGUGACACUCGUAUCUCAGGGAAACUUGCUGGACUAAGCACAACAUUAGGAGGGAGCUCCUAAUGUCUUACACAUAUAUGGAUAUGUAAGAAUGGCAUGCGUUGUUCCAGUGCUGGGGACAAAGUCAAAGAUGAUGUAGAACUGCUUUUCCACUUCUCUUUGUCCUGGGAGGAGAAGAGCAAGUAAAUUAAAAAAUCUUCUGGAAGUCAGAUUUUUAUUUUUAUUUUUCAUGAUUAAUGUAUUCACAUAAAGUCUGUGGAAACAAG